UCAUCAGUCUUCACAAGGACUUCAUUGGAGCAGACACGUGAAUUAACAGUACUGUACAUAAAAUUACAUCCUCUAAGGACUUAACUAAACUCGACAGUGUUGAAAACUAAUGGAACUGUGUAUUUGUUCACCCACGUGAUGUUAGUGAAGUGACACAGUGACACUUUACAUGAAAGGAUUCAGUGUAUCAGUGGUAUUUGACAAUUCGUUAAACCAAAAUGCCAAAAAUAUUCCUGAUCAAAAACCGUCUACAUCAACAGCAGCUAAGGCUUAACGAGUCCCAGAACGCAACAAACGCGAAAAGCGAACUCGGAUGCAUUCUUGGGGAUUCACAACCCUUGUCGCUGAUCGUACAGAAAAAAGACGAGAAUGAAAAGAAAGCGGAAGAUCUAUUGAAAUCAAAAUCACCGCCACCUGAGGACUCGAAUAAGUCAAAAGACAACACCCUUCCACGCCGUUUUAUAUCCUCCAUUCUUGGUGGAGACGUUCCGUACGGAAGUCGAGGCCAUGUGUUGACAAGGGCAGAAAGGAAAGAAUACCCCCCUGCAUUUUCUCAAGACAAAGUCACCAUCCCUGCAGCUCAAAAACCUUCAAAUGAUGUACCAAAACCACAAAAUUUGGCACCGGUCCGUCACUUUUCAGUCAUACAGCGUACUCCAAAAACUACAAAGAGAGAUGAAGAUACAGACACAAGAUUGCCUGCACCGUUGGUUAUACAAGAACCUGAGCAGGACCAACCUAUCGAUUAUCACAUACCUAAGAGGAAAGGUGAAACAGAGAAUGAAGAUGAAGAGAGGCGAAUUCGAGAACAAAGGAGAAGUCACUGCUCCAAAAUCAAUAAGCCUCUAAUAUCUGUUAGAUCUAUUGUAGGAAAAUUCCCUGUGACUAUGUCGGCAGCUGCAGGUCAUGGCAGGGGUUCUUCUGGAGGGCAAGCUGGAAGCAAUCAGACCAAUAAUACUUCUUCUGGUGGCGGAAGUUCCAUAAAUUUUUCAGCUGGUUCUUCAGGUGGAGGAGGGGGAGCAAUAGGUAGUGGAACUGGUGGUGGUGGUAUGAAUCCAGGGAGAGACGGAAGGCAAAAUUAUGGGCCUAGUAGUCCACCUACUGGUAGUUUGCCUCCUUUUUAUGAAUCGCUCAAAGGGGGCAAUAAUGGGAGCAACUUCAAUGCAAACAGCAAUUUUUCUUCAAACUAUAUCUUAUCAAAUCAGCAUAUGGAUUGUGAUACAGGGCAGGACUUGGCGAAUCUAGGUAUGAAUGGAGGUCAGAGUCCACCAAAACAAUAUUCCACACUACAAAAUGCUUCUUACGGCAUUGUUAUGAAAGAUGAAAAUGAUUUAGAGUUAUACGAGUCUAAAAUGGAUCCUAUGAAUCAGUUACUCCCCGGAGGCUAUUCUGGAUAUGACGAAUCAAUGAUGGUCGACAUGGUAUCUGGUUCAGUUGUGGAUCCUCUACAAUUUACAGCUACAUUAACAUUUUCCACUUCGGCAGAACAUGCUUUAUUGGAAAGUCUAUCAGACGCGGCGGAUCUUUCAACAUUUCUCCAAAGGCUUCCUACCGAAGAAAAUGAUAACGAAGACAUAAUCACAAGCAAUAUUCAGUCACCUGCUAUCACACCAGAAUCUCAAUUGCAACAAGUUGAUCAAAAUAUCGAUGGCUUUAGCGAACAAAUGUUAAAUAGAAAUUAUGAGAAUCGAGGUAACUUUAACCAAAGUCAAUUUUCAAAGAUGUAUCAAGAGUCAUUGCCCUCCUAUCAAUCAUCGAUAAAUAAUGACACCUUGCAGACCCAAAUGCAUCAGCAGCAGAUGUUGUCACCCACUCUCUCUUUCAAUGGAAGCGCAUUAGAUUUAGAUUCUCCAACAACUAUGUCUUUGCCGUCGCCCGGAGCAACAAGCUGUUCCCUGGAUGGAGCUCAUAAUGAUAGAGCAUCUAUUAGCCCACCAGCAAAUGUGAGUGGUCGCCGUGAUAGUACAAGCAGCGAUCCGCCAACCCUGCAGGGCAGGGUAAAUGUUUUGCAUAGGUUGGGGCUACCGGCAGAAGUACAGUUAGAAUUCGUUAAUGGAGGUCAUGGUAUUAAAAAUCCUCUGGCCAACCAGGAGACUGUACGAACUGGGAGCAGGUCAGAUGAAAAAAGCAAGGUAGCAUCUAUAACGACAGAAGAUGGCCAGACAAAUUUUGCAUGUCGAAUUUGUAACAAAACAUUUGCCUUGCAACGUCUCCUUAACAGGCAUAUGAAAUGUCAUUCGGAUGUGAAAAGAUAUCUUUGCACCUUUUGCGGAAAAGGAUUUAAUGACACAUUUGACUUAAAGAGGCACACAAGAACACAUACAGGAGUACGGCCUUAUAAAUGCAGCCUUUGUGAAAAGUCGUUUACUCAGAGAUGUUCUUUAGAGUCCCACUGCCUCAAAGUACAUGGUGUACAACAUCAAUAUGCUUAUAAAGAAAGAAGAACUAAGGUAUACGUCUGCGAAGAGUGUGGACACACGACUAAUGAACCGGAAGUUCAUUACUUACAUUUAAAAGAUAAACACCCAUACAGCCCUGCUUUGCUCAAAUUUUAUGAUAAAAGGCACUUUAAGUUUACAAAUUCAAAUUUUGCUAACAUGCUCUUGCAAGUACGUACCUAAAUAUUUAUAAUAUUUAUAUUUAUUUGCAAUCCAUCCAAUGUAGAAAAUUAAUUUCUUUACACAUUGGAAGGAAAAAUUCUUUUAAUUUUCUUCUGUGAUAAUAUAAAUUUAAACCUUUACGACAAUCGAUAACGAUACAGUUAUCUUCAGGAAAUGGAAAAUAAAAUGAGGAAACAGGCCUAACAAGACCGCACAUAAUAAAUAAAGCAGAGACUAUAAUAAAAAUCGGGUUUUUUGUGCAAUCAGGUGGAAGGAACUGGGUUAAUUAAGUAAGUGUAGCUUAGUUGAACUGUAUAGCAUUGGAACGUUGUUAGAAUUUAGAAAGAACGAUGGGAUUAUAUAAAAGCACAGUUUAUACCUUUUCUAAUAAAUAUGAAAUUCACAAGCGAGGUUUUGGGUACAGUAGUUAAAAUAUUUCUGAACUUUAACACGUUCCUAUCUCUGUUCUGGUGCUUCAUAGACAAGUUCAAAACUAUGGUGCUACAGAAUUUAUAAUAUUUCAAGCGUUGUGAUUAGUUUUCUUUUUCUCUUACAACGAACAAAAUCUGCAAUACUUUAGUCUUGUUAGAGUGAGAACUUGUUGUUAUUAAAUAAAGUUUGUGUGUUGAUACUAAUGUUUGUACAUAGAAAUAUUUAGUUUAUCUACUAUAAGUACCUUUUUAUCUUAUAGUUGAACUACUCAGUUUGACGUGUUAAUAUGUACUAGUUAAAUGUUUGCCAGUGUACCUAUAAAUGUUGAUUUAAAUUAAUGUUAUUUAUAUUUCUUUUUACAUCACAGUAUUCAUGACCUCUAGAUUUAUAUUAUUUAAUGGAACUGAGUUUAUCUGAAAUAAAAAAUUAUUAGCUUUUCUUAUUUAAAAAAUUAGCUUUAAUUUUUUCAUAUGUAUAUGUAACUUAAUUUGUAUUUAUAACUUCACACUUCAGAUAUUACUUAAUAUAGAACAAAAUAUGUAUUUUCCUAAUGUUGUUAUAAAAUAAAUUAUAUACACAAAAAAAAGUAUUUUUUUGACAAUAUAUUGUACCGCAAUGCAAACUAGAACAAAAUAUGUACUUCCCUAAUGUUGUUUUAAAAUAAACUAUAUGCAUAAAAAACUUUUGCAUUUUUUAUCGAACACAAUACAGGCUGUUACAA